AUACGAACAAUUUUUCUCGUCUGUCCAACGAAUUCCCGGCUCGGGACUUUCCACCUCAAUCCCACGCACUUACUGAAGAGUUUGCUCUUUUCCAUUCUUCCGCACCCUCUAGUUUUUUCAUAACUCCGUCAGAAGAGUUGCAAGGGUAUAUUACCGCGCCGCUCAUCGCAUUGAGUCAAAGCUGUUCGUUCCUCUCGCUCAUUCUGACGAUUCUACAAAAAAUCUAGACUGUCGAAAUUUAACUGCUGUAAUUGGAUCUUCGCAUUGCGUACAUAAUGACGAAAAACGUUAACUCAAUACUGUUGAUGGUCUGCGUCACAUGUUUGCUGAUCGUUUCGUCCCCGCAGAACGCGGCCCAAGCCGACGUCCUCAUCGGAAGUUGCGUCUGGGGCGGAGUGAACUACACCUCUGACUGCUUGAAAGAGUGCAAAAGACGGGGAUAUAAAGGCGGACAUUGUGGAAGUGCUUUGAAUGUAAAUUGUUGGUGCGAGACCCGUAAAUAAGAUUACCUAAUAAAAUCAGGCUAAAAAAUUCAGAAAUCUUCAUGAAUCCCAAUCUAUAAUACAAAGAAUCAAAGAUGGUAAUUUGUACUGAAAGUAUGAAACGUUGCAAUAUAAUACAAUUUUUAUUAAGUCA